GAAUCCUAUAAUAUUUCUAAAAGUUUGAAACUUUCUUAUCCCGUUUAUUUAUAUGGCUUCUUCAGGUGGAAAUACGAACACUUUUACGAAUUCUUUCAACAGCAACUAUGCAUUUUCAUCUUCCCAAUUCAUGACUUCUUCUUUUAGUGACCUUCUUUCUGAUAAUAAUGAUGAUAAUAACAACAACAGGAACUGGGGAUUUAGUUAUCAGAGAAUUAUGAAUUCAAUUAACAAAGAUGAGGUUCCAAAGUUCAAGUCUUUUCCACCUUCUUCUUUGCCUAUGAUCUCUUCUUCAUCACCAGCUUCUCCUUCUUCUUAUCUUGCUUUUCCUCAUUCUUUAAGUCCAUCUGUUCUUUUGGACUCACCAGUUUUGUUUAACAAUUCCAAUACUCUUCCAUCACCAACAACAGGGAGUUUUGGUAGUUUGAAUUCCAAGGAGGAUAAUUCAAGGACUUCUGAUUUCUCUUUCCAUAGUAGGCCUGCUACUUCAUCAUCAAUAUUUCACUCUUCUGCUCCAAGAAACUCAUUGGACGAUUUAAUAACAAGGCAACAACAGACAACUGAAUUCUCCACAGCAAAAAUUGGGGUGAAAUCAGAAGUAGCUCCAAUUCAAAGUUUCUCCCAAGAGAACAUGCAGAAUAAUCCUGCCGCAAUGCAUUACUGUCAACCUUCUCAAUAUGUUAGAGAACAGAAGGCAGAAGAUGGUUAUAAUUGGAGGAAAUAUGGGCAAAAGCAAGUGAAAGGAAGUGAGAAUCCGCGAAGCUAUUACAAGUGUACGUUUCCUAAUUGUCCUACAAAGAAGAAGGUUGAAAGGAACUUGGAUGGACACAUUACUGAGAUAGUCUAUAAGGGGAGCCAUAAUCAUCCAAAGCCUCAAUCCACCAGAAGAUCAUCUGCACAAUCGAUUCAGAACCUUGCUUACUCCAACUUGGAUAUAACAAAUCAGCCAAAUGCUUUUCUUGAAAAUGCUCAAAGGGAUUCCUUGGCCGUAACAGACAAUUCUUCAGCUUCUUUUGGAGAUGAGGAUGUUGAUCAAGGGUCUCCUAUCAGUAAGUCAGGAGAAAAUGAUGAAAAUGAACCUGAGGCAAAGAGAUGGAAGGGAGACAAUGAAAACGAGGUCAUAUCAUCUGCAAGUAGAACAGUACGUGAACCUAGAAUUGUAGUACAAACCACAAGUGACAUUGAUAUUCUUGAUGAUGGUUAUAGAUGGAGAAAAUAUGGACAAAAAGUUGUCAAAGGCAAUCCAAACCCAAGAAGUUACUACAAAUGCACAUUUCUUGGCUGUCCAGUUAGGAAGCAUGUAGAGCGAGCAUCGCAUGAUCUAAGAGCAGUGAUCACAACUUAUGAAGGAAAACAUAACCAUGAUGUUCCUGCAGCACGUGGUAGCGGUAGUUACUCCAUGAAUAAACCUCCAUCUGGAAGCAACAAUAACAUGCCAGUAGUUCCAAGGCCUUCACUGUUGGCUAACAAUUCUAAUCAAGGAAUGAAUGUUAGUAACACAUUAUUUAACACAGCACAGGUUGAACCACCAAUCACCUUGCAGAUGCUACAAAGCUCUGGAAGUUCAAGUUAUUCAGGAUUUGGAACCUCAUCGGGAUCUUAUAUGAAUCAAAUGCAGCCCACGAACAAUUCCAAGCUGAUAAGCAAAGAAGAACCUAAAGAUGAUUUAUUCUUCAGCUCUUUCCUUAACUGAAAUUUCACCAUACCAAAAUGCUAAAGAUAGAGAUUUCUUUCUCAAGUCAAAAGUAUUCUUUUUAACUUAUGAUAGUCUUUUUUCCUAAAAUACGUAGUUAGGUUUUAGGAUCCAAAGUAAGAGUUAGUCCAUUAUUUUAUUGGUUUUUGAGCCUGGCUCUAGAUUGCUUAGCAGCUGUAACUCUCCAUUAAGAUUUUUUUUUUUUCUAUAUACAUGAAUCUGUCAGUGUAAGGUGGGACAGAGAUAUUAUGGUUGAACAGUUGAAU